AUGUCGAACGCAGCAGCAGCACAAUGGGUGAAAUUCUUCAAUGCAUCUGGUAUACCUUCACCAGCGGCAGCCAGUUACGCACAUAUAUUUGUGGAAAAUCGCAUACAAAAUGAUAUGUUAAUGGAUCUCAAUAAAGAAUAUUUGCGAGAAAUGGGUAUAACACCGAUGGGCGACAUAAUAGCUAUAUUAAGGCAUGCAAAGACUGUGAGUGAUCAAACUGCUAGAGAAAAAGUGCUCACCAAUUCGGAAAUGUGUGUGCCCAUUGCAGCCGUACCGGCAAACCCUCAUUUAUCACAAGAGCGUCCAUCAACGACUACCACGAUUAGACUAAAAUCUGUGCCAGUAACAUCAAGUACUUCAACCACAAGUAGCAGCCGUGUAUAUCUAAAGUCUUCAGAUGAGUUGGGUGAACCAUUGUCAAAGCAAACUCGACGCGUUUUACCAGAGCAUGAAGGUAAAUAUAAAAUAAAGCUUCCCUCUGGUAGCACAAAGCGAAGCAAGGAAAUACUUGCCAAAAAAGAAAAAUUAUAUUCACAACGUGAAAACACACAACGUUCCGAUGUAUUUGAACGUCUAGCUAAAAACUCUUCAUCCACUAUAGAUUUGGCUAAAGAUGAUACAGAUGAUGGCGAAAUUAGUAGUGGAAGUAGUAACAGUAACGCGAAAGCAACAACUAUACGCAAUGUACAAGUACGAGUAACUGGUGUCGGUGGCAACAAUAAUAAAUCAGUUGCUGGUUCAUCUAUAUUUUCACGUUUGGGCGGAAAAUCACAGGAAGAUGCUGAUAAUGAUUUAAUCAUAGCUAAACAUAUUAAACCAAUAUUAAAAAACACUUCGAAAACAACAAAUCAUUCUACAAUAGUAAAAUCUAAGAUCGUAACUUCAAAUAUAUCACCUGUACGCAUACAUCCACAAAAACAAAAGGUUAUACUGGUGAAGAAGGUACCAUUAAAAACAAACGAAAGUGACGACGACGAUAAUAAUUCAAUGUAUGGUGAUAAUGACAUUGAUAUGGAUGAUAUCGUUACCAGCUCCAAUGCUGUAAGCAGCAGUGAGAAAAUUGUGAAAUUUGCAUCAACCGCAGAGGUGCAUGAAAUAGCAUCGGUACCGCGAUUUAAACAAUCUCCCAACGAAAGAAAUUACAAAUCAAAUGGUGGAAGCGUUUAUCAAGGCAACGCUGUAGGUGGCGUAAAAUCAAGACUGGGUUUGAACACGAUCUUGCAUACCACAAAGAAAACGUACAACUUAAAGGCUGCCAGCAAUAUCAAUGCAAAAUCACGCAUUAGCCCCGUCAAAGCAAAAUCUUUGCGAUUGAAGUCAGAUGAAAUUCUGAUGCGUCAGGAAUUACCAGUACAUCGUCGAUUGGGUGGUGCAAGUAAUAUUUGCAGUUCUACAACACAAGGCAAAUCGGUGUCGGCACUUACAAAGCGUGUCGGUAGAGUUAAUAUUUCUAAGAAAUCAUCUCCAAUACAAAGAAGACCACAAAAAAGUUCAGCGUCAUCAGUUUUUGAUCGUUUAGGUUUUAACAGUUAAGUUGCUAUUGUCUCGAAUAAUUUUUAAAAUUUUUUAAUGUGUGAAAAAGAGAAAAUCUUUAAUUCAAGUUUCAAACGCCUAUCACAAAUUGAGGCAAGAAUAAAGAAGUAAUUUGAACUUGUUUCGCGGUAAUUUUGGCGUUUUAAAUUCAAGCAGAUCAACCAAAACUUUUUUAUUUAAAAAAAAUCACACUUCUUGAUUAUUUAGAGUUGUUUAUGACGUUUGUGACUAAUAGUAAGACUAACUGAGACUGCAGAAGAUUAAUAAAAAAAUUGCUAAAAUUAA